AUGACAGCGCAAGAGGACUUCACGUUCCCCUCUCUUUACGCUUUCCCUCCUUUCUUCACACCGCAACCCAACCCGCAGACGCUCGAAUCGCAGGAAACGGCAUGGUCUAAGCUCAUUCUUGACUACUGCCAAGCAAAGCGGCGAUUCUCUCUGGAUGCCGCGUCGGAGGAGGACUUGAACUCGGAACUAUUCUAUAAUCGCGAGAUUGAUCGUCGGAUAUCGGCCCUGUUCGUCAAAGCGCUCCUUGCGCGCCUCGUACGACAAGGAUCAGCGGCGUGGGACGCCACGGGCGGCAAGAAGGGCAAAACGGAGCAGAAUACGCGGGCUAUCAUCUACUGGCGCAAGCCGGAAGAGUGGGGAGAGCUGAUCUACAGCUGGGUCAAAGAGACGGGGCAGAACAAGAGCAUCUUGACCUUCUUUGAACUCACAGAAGGUGACUUGGCACAGCAGACCGCAGAACAUCGUAAACUGCCCACGCCUGUUCUACGAGCAGCUCUGGCCCAUCUGGCCAAAACCGGCCGCUGCCAGGUGUUCGCUGGCGAAGAGGGUCUCACGGGAGGAGAGGGUGUCAAAUUUGUAUGA